AUGAAGAAAACACCGCUGUCAUCUAAACUGACAAGUUUUUCGGGUCAAAACAAAGGAAAAAACGACAUUGUCAAGGUAAGUGUACUGUUUGUUCAAAAAGACUGGGUUGUCUCAAAAUAUCAGCUUCCUAAUUUUGAUCCUAAGCUGUUUAGAUACAUUGUAUAAUGGGCUGUUGCAUUUAAUGUCGGUACUCCGGUUGAGGAAUUGCCUUUUCUUCUUACCCUUGAAGAUAAUUUCCUUAAAAUUGCAUUCACUCCUGUCAGGAGUGAAUGCAAUUUUAAGAACAUCCCUGAAGCAGCAGGAGAAUUUGCAGAACGCGGAAAGACCCUGAAGUUUGUUGAUUAGGGUCAGUAACAUGAGUCAAUCAAGUUUCAGAUCAGUUUUCUUAGUAUAAUGACCCUAAAUGGAACCUGAUUCACUCAGUUUCUUAACCCUAACAGGCCAUAUCUAAUCUAUAGAAAUCGAUCAUGGAAAAUGUAAUCGAUUAAUCGAUAAUACUUGAUGGUACUCGAUAUCUGUCUAUUGGUUAGUCAAUUUGAUCCAUUGAAAUCGAUAAUCCCAAUUUUUUUGUCACAUCUAUGGAAAUCGAAAAUCAAAACAUGAUCUGAUCUUAUCAUAAGACUGCGUAACACAUAACACUUAGCUUCAAGCUUAUCUUCGAAUCCGCUUUGUUGACAAAGAUGAUGUUACAUCUCUUUCCAAUGGAUGUUAAUGUUGAAAUAUGAAACAGAACGAGAAGAGGACUCGAUAUCGGAACAACAAGCUUGACUUUAAUUGUGAAGGCGGAAACGAUAGUUUCAUAACAGUUGCAUUGUUUAUGUUUUAAUCCUUUUCAGUUUCAAAAUUUAUUAAAAAUCCUGUAGUCAAUCUUAAAUAAAGUGUAAAGGGAAUGUUUAUCAGUUCAGUUUGGACUACAGUGUAUUAGUUUGAAUGAGUUUUGACUCACUCUAGCAUAAAACUGAGAACUUUAUGAAAGAGAAUCUUCGUUCAUUUUCUUUUCGCUCUUUGUCAAACAAAUCGAUAAAGUCGAUAGCUAAUUACAGAAAUCACUCAAAAUUGAUAAUCACAAAGACGCAAGUGAUCGAUUUCUAUCGAUUCCCGAUAGUAAUCGAUUGAUUAGUAUCGAUUACGAUUGAUUCUGUUUGAUUUCUAUCGAGUAUCGAAAAUAUUGAUCAGAUAUGCCCUGACCCUAAUUAAUCACUGAACUUUAGAGUCAUUCAGCGCUCUGUAUUUGGCGUUUGGCGAAUGCAGAGCAUUGAAUGACUCUGAAGAUUAGUGAUUAGGGUUAGGAAACUGGGUGAAUUAAGUUUCAGGUCUGUUUUCUCAGUUAAAUUUUGACCUGUAACAUAUACAAAUCGUCGGAAUAUCAGUCCAGCAAUCCAAACUCCAUGAAAUCAUGGAUGCCAAUGUGAAAGACUGUGACUCACAAAUUUAGUGUGCACCACUGUACUCUUAUGUGGAUGUGAAGUUUAUCACAAAAUUAAAUUUUACCUGAUUGUAUAUCCAGAUGUCAUAAGGAAGUUUUAUUUUUUCAGUACUUGAUCUGGAACCCAUCUUCAUAUAAUUGAGGACUGUUGAAGCUGUCUUAAUAAUGCUGUUGUUUGACUAUUUUGGGCUGCUGUACGGUAGAUGUUAAUGAGAAAAGUGGAUGUAUUAAAAUUAGAAGUUCACAGUCACAAAGUAUCGCGACUUAAUUGACUACUCAGGUCAAUAAUCAGAAUUUUAACGCCUUCAACUGACAUGAUACAACUUACUUUGACUCUGAAGAUGACUACCACACAGUUGUCGAAUGAUCAGUCACUGUCAGCAACAGUGCUAUUCAGGACUACGUUCAUCUGGACCAUCAUGCUUCACUUACAUAUAUAUAUAUUAGUUAUGUUAACUUCUCAUAAGUGGUUGGAGAUUUUUUGGGGGGUUGUAAGUAGUGAUCAUGUGACUGUUGACAACUGCUGUUUCCUAAUUUACAUGUGUUUUUAUUUACGCGUAUUUGAACACAUUGCAAACUAGUGUCAAACACAUGUAACGAUGUUUCAGGAAUGAUGCAAGAGUUACUAAAUGUGGCUAAAUGUAAUUUAGGCAAGGUUAAACACAAGACAAUACUGGCCAGCAGUCUCCACCACUAAUUGCAUGUGGGGUAGUCUGGGGCUUUAGCAGGGCUUUGGUAAUUUUAUAGCGCUUUCACAGAAGUCAAUCAUUUGCUCACGUUACCUUUGCAUGCAGUAGCCUUAGCUGUUUUUGCCCCCUGCCUCCCCUGCCCUUUGGAUGUUUGUCUUGGUAUUAGUAUCUGAGCUUUUCUCCACUGAGGUUCUCACUCCUAAGUGUGAUGGUGCCUGGUGGGUGCUUCUCAGAGGGACAUUUUGCCUACCUUCUAGGCUUGCUUGCAGCUCCCUUCAGUUUCACCAGGCGCCUUCCCCACACCCAUCUAUCGUCGAUGCUUUUAAAUAGUUUUUUAACUAACAUUUCUUCGAUGUGGGUCUGGAAAUCUGCCUAUAAAAUUCCACUUUACCCAUACUUUUGUCCUAAAAUCCUAUAAAUCUCUUAUAUUCUUGUGCUUUGCUCCUAUUUUUCCUAUAAAUUAUUUUGGAAAAUGGCUGGGAUGUAUUGUCUACCCCAAGAGAAAUCCUCAAUUAAUUUGUUAAACUUACCCUUGAAGAAUCCCAUUGGUCCUCAAACCUGGGGGUGUAGGUAACAAUCAACUAAUGCAAUAGCCCAAUUUUUGUGGCCAAAGGGUAUGGUUUUUGCUCCCCAUCUGGUCUGAAAUUGGGCACAGGUCGAAACUAUUCUGGUCUGAAGUGGAAUUUAAGGUUUAAUUGUACUCUCUGAAAGCAAGCUGCAGCCUGAAUUGGGUAUGUUUUUUAUCUGGAUAGAGAUUUAUCCAGUCUGGUAUAGUGUUAUUCACCCUUUGAAUAACUGAUGCCAGGUCUGAAAUAAUUUACAAGGAAGAAUCAGAAAAAUUAUAUUUCUUGUUUGAAAAAGGUUAAGGGUCUCAUUAAGCUCCAGAAACAACCCACCACCCUAACCCUAACCAUAUAAACCCUUUCCCCUUGAGGGAUGUGUGUGUGUUUGUGGAAUUCCUGAAAUUUUUGGCAAUCUCAAACUUUUCUGAUUCACCAUGAGAUCUUGAUCCAGGUUAGUCACUUCUGUGAAGCAUCACCUAGAUCCUUGUUCUGAAUCCCUAAACACACUUGAUAAUUUACCAAAAAAUGCGUCUUGAAUUUCCUUCCAACCUGAUUGGCAAAAUUAUUGACUAUGGCUUUUUUAACAGGCCCAUCACAGUCAUGGGUUAAGAACAAUGAUUUUGGUGCCAUUUUGCAGAGAGACUUAAUCAGAGGUUUGAUUUGUCUCUGGCUCAGGACACAUGAGAUCUAGAGGCUAAAUUGUGAGUCUUUGAGUAGAUACUCCAGUUUCAAAACUGACAAAGUCAAACUGUGAGAGCUGGCAGCUCUGAGUAGGCCAGAAAAGUAGGUGCGUAGUUUAACUGUCAUAAACCUUUGUCACCUUAAUUCUCAUUACACCUUUUGAGAUUAUUUAGUACCCUUGAUUUUCUACAUGAAUGAGCAAAAAUUUAAACUUAAAAUUGAGAUAAAAUUGAAAACUAAUAAAAGCUUUUGACCUCCACUGAAGUCUUGUUCACUUUUGCGCUAGCAGGUGUCACGUCCAGUGCCUAACGUGCUAAGAUUACAUCAUUGUUGAGAGGCCUUGGGGUCUGGUCCCGCUCCCUCCUCUGCAUUUUAAAAAGUAAGGUUUUUCCACACGCUGGCCUGGAGAUUUUGCUAUCCCCCAUCUCUUCCAUCAUCUUUUCUAAUGUAAAUAUAUUUCUGUAUCUCAAGUCCAGGAAUGCAGGAUCUCCAGGAAGUGCUACUCGAGAGUUGAGACAAGUUUCAUCUAGAAAUGCUCGUGUUUUUAGUGCACUUUCAACUCCAGAGACACAGACACAGACAGGUGUGAACGAGAGACGGUUACAAAAAUGCCAUCUUGAGUUAGAAGUAAGGAAUACUUUCUUCUCACAGACUUGAUCAGUUUAGUUUAAAUGAUACAUUAUUAUUGAUUCAAUCUGAUCUGGUUUAAAGAUGUCUGCAGCAUGCAACACAGGAAAUACUCCUCAAGCCUCUUGAAUUUUCUAGUGUAUAAUAACAAAAGUGACUAUUCCUGAUAAAUUACAUGGUAUGCCAAUCAAAACCAUUUAGUAAAUUACACUGUAGUGUUAUUAAAUCAACUUUAUUUCAAUGAAAUUAGCACAAAAACUUUGAGAAUCCAGAGAGCCAGAGUUAAUAAAAUAAAUAAUUUUACUUAAGAUUACUUACUCGAGAUUGACACCAUGUUACAGAGUUUUGAGCUGUUAAACAGCAUAAUUAUAUUAUUUUUUCAACGUGCUGCUGUUUCAGGUUAAAAUCAAAUCAGGUUAAAUUUUUCCAGCCCAGCUUCAUGUAUAGGUUGAUGCUCAAGUUAUCCAUGGACCAAAGGAAAUUGACAAUCAUAAACCAAGAUAAAAAAAUUAACUUAAAUUUAAUUUCAACCAGUCCCAUAUCGUGGCUACUAGGAGUGUAUACUUACAUGUAUAUAGGUUAAUGUAGGUAAUUAAAAAUUCAUUCUUAAGUUAAAAUCAUCUCAAAAAGUGGGUUAAUCUUUUCACUAAAAAAACCUGAUAGGGUCAUUUUAUUUUCUGACUUCUUAAUUUUAUUGAUUAACUAUGAACAUACAUAAUUAUUUUAAUCACAUUAUACAUAAUUUGCACCAGAUUUAAUUUACGUUCCUUUAUUGUGUGCAGCAAUUAAGGAGAGAAAACAGUGAACUUAAAGCAGAACUGCUAUUUAUCAGGUAUAAAGCAUGAAAUAUAUGUUGCAAUUAAUUUUUUAUUUCAGGUAAUUUUAAUUUGUUUUUCCUUAAUUUGUUUCAAAAUCAUUAGCAUUCAUUACCAUACUCAAAAACAAUGGAAAAAUAAAAAUUACCUGAGAUAAAAAAUUAACUACAACAUAUACAUAACUAGACAUUGUCAUGAUUGUCGUCACCUAUAAAACUGAUAUGGAUAGGCCUUCAGGGGUUUCAACAAGCACUGACGGCGGACGAAACGCAUCAGCUUCUUUGCUCAUAGAGGUCGGCUACUUUUUUUCUAGAAAGAAGAAGCAACCGGUUUGAAUAACGUUGUAAACAAAAAGUAUAUCAUAAAAUCUGAAUGAAAUUGUAAUUACUAUGUGUUUUCAUAAAGGCCCACUCCUUUUGCAUAAUGCUUUAGUCAUGUAAAUGCUAUAUUUCAGUCAUUUUUUCACAAGUUUCUUUAUAGGUUUACGUAGAAUUUGUUUACAUGCAAAAGUACCUUUCAUCAUUUUUCAUUGCAUUUAGGAAUUGAUUGUGUUACUGAUAAAUUGAAAGCUACAUUUUCUUGAAUGAAAAACACGCUCUUUUGUCCUCAAAUUUAGUUCCCAGAAAGCUGAAAUCGCAUUUGUCAAACUUUUCUGGGGCAGGACGCACCCAGAGCCCCUCUUCCCCCCUAAGAGAAGGGGACUGACGGCCCCUUGUUGUUUCAGUUGGUUACUCGAUUCAAACCUGCUGGCUACUUCAAUUUUUGUUGAGACCCCUGGGCCUUCAAUGGAUUUAAGUCACCCUCCUCCUCUCUAGCAUUAGAGAGCCUUUUUUCCCUUGUAAUUCACUGGGGCAGGCAGAAGGAAAAGAGACCUCUGCCAACUUUUGCAUCUGUCUUUGAUUUGAACUGCUGUCCCGAUCUUGAACAGCUCUAUCACAGUGCAUGUUCUGUAAAUAAUUUGUUUGUUGGCAUAAAUUUGAGCCGGCUGCGUAGUGUGCCUGAUUUGACAGUAAUAUCCGCUGAUAUUUUAACGAGCCCGCACAACUUAACAAACAUGGCUGCUGUAAGCGUACCUUCUGGAGUUCAGUUUAUUAAAAUUAAGCUUUGUUUCAUUUUCUUAACGUAGAGAUACAUUAACGUGUCUUCAUACUGGUCAUAGGAUGGUGGGUCGCCUCAGCAAAUCUACAGUUACGAUUACUGGCAGAGGUAUCUUUUCCUCCUGCUUGUGCCCCAGCAAAUUACUAGGGAAAAGAGGCCUCUGCUAGCAGGGAAUAUGCCUUUAAGAGUUAAUUCUAAAUCUGAUCAUGACUCUAAAGGAAUGCCGUGACUGUGUACAUCAUGUUGGAGUGUGACCACAGCAGAGUUGAAUCUGCAAGGCUAAAAUGUUAGGUUAAGAAAUGCUGAAAACUUCAAUUGACAAGAAUGUAAGAAUGAUAUUUUAAGUAAACCUGAUGAUACACUGAUUUUACCUUAACUUAAAGGUCUCUAUACAAACAGCUAGUAGAAGAGACUCCUUUGGAGAAAUUUGAUGAAAGGAGGGUAAACUUACUUAAGUCACAAGUUAUUCAACUUGAACGACAGGUAAGAAACAACAAAUUAUGUUUGCAAAUUCUAAGUUGUUUUCUCCUGUUUGGAUCUCCAUUUUUUGUCGUGAGUCUCAGGAUCUCACGCUGUCAUGCUUUCUUGAAAAGUCAAACUCCAAAAAAAUUUUGGAGUUGUAGGGUUUCGUUUCCAAGUUAGAUAUCAAUACAUAGCCAGCUCAAUCCAAAGAAAACGCUUAGCGGUCGCAUUUGAUUACAUUCUUUCAGCCUACCAUGACUUGCCGCUGCCACCAAAUGUUUCUCUUGUUUGAAGAUGGCCGCCAACAAAACAGAAAUUACAAAACUUAAAUUGUAAAACUGAUUGUGAUGUUUACUGCUGCAGCUUUAAAGUGAUAUAUGUGACUUCCAGUAACCAUAAUCCCUGGUGUAAGUCCUUCCUUUUAGCCAUUUCGCACUACUUUCCCCCUUAAUCUUGCAUGCAGGUGUUUGAUAUAAAAUAUUGUUUAUUUUCUUUUAUUUCAUAGGUUCUCCUUCAAUCUAGUGCACUGCAAGCAAGACAACAUAUUUUUUUAGAAGUAGAAAAUAAACUUUUAAACUUGAGAGAAACUGUUCAGUAAGUAAGAUGAGUUAAUUAAGUAAGCAUACUUAGUAAUGUAACUUCCAUGGGACAGUCGGGCUUCAGUGUAGUGUCAAUCCAAAAGGUUGCUUUGCAAAAAAUGUUGAGUACUUUAGUGUCUACUUAUCAGCUUAAUAUUGGGUUGCUUUAACAUUUCAAUAAUUAUAUUACCUCCUGACAUAAUCAUAGCCUAACUUGUUAUCCCCUGAUUGUGAUGUUCAAAAGAAAUAAUAUUUUAAUUUAGGAUCAUCAUAAUAAAAAAAGACUAAAACGUAAAUAUAUGUACUGUGUAUUUUUUGCAGCAAUGUAACAUAAAAAUAAUGCCUGCCUUAAUAAUUUGAUACAAUAGUUCCACCGUAGUCAAAACCAACUUUGCAUUUUGGGUGGGUGGGGGGUGGGGUGGGGCAUUAUUUUGGGUCAGUUAUUUAAAAAAAAAUUAUUAUUUCAAAAAAUAAUUAUUUCAUAUUUUAAAAAAUGUUGCGCUUGAUUUGUAGGGGACUUUAUCCGUCAGACAGUUCUUCCAAUUAUGUGACUGUAUCACAUGAAUAUGUGCAAAAGUUGGAAUACAGGAUUGAGGAGUUAAGGAUCGACUUGUACAAAAACAAGGAGGUACCAUGCUAAUUCCAUUUCACUGUACUUCUCUUCAAUACUUUUAAUUCUUAUUUCUUUUAGUCAUUUUACAAAUUACUGAUUCAGAAUUUUUAUUUCAUCCUGGCAUGCUUUUUUGCAGAAUACUGACUGUGAUGAUCUUUGCUUGCCUGCCUUGUACAUGGGUGAUUUUUUAAAACAAUCAAAAGGAAGGCCGGAGGAAGCUGUGACUCUGCUGGACUGUUGUAGUGGGAAGGUGGAUCAUCUUAAUUUAAAGCAUGUGGUAGGAUAUUGAUAAGUCUUGAUUCAGUGUUUUAUAAUGGCCAACUCUUUAUAAUGGCCUCAGCUCUCUCUCACCUCACACUUCUCAAGAUUUUUUGUCAGGGUAGACAGAUUUAUAUGGUCACUCUCGUUUUAACGUUUCUUUGAAGUGGAGAUAUUGAUGUCAACCUCAUGUGAUCUCAAAUAUAAUGUGGACUAUUUUUUUGGCUUCCCCUGGCAACCACGCCCCCCACCCCCCCUCUACCAGUAUUAGCCCACCCCCUUGCUGUAAACACAGAAAUUUUGUGUGAGGCUCAACAGUGAUUUACAUAUACCUCUUACGAUAAAAAAUGCCUCCCAAAGCCAUACUAUGAGCUUUAAAAUCAAAUGCAUUUUGAAUUUUGGGGAAAUUUGUCUAAAUUCCAAGCUAAGACAAAAAAAAAACCUCAAGGGGGAGAUUUGGUCACCGAAACAGGAAACUGGGGGAUUUAUGCAGCAUUCAGGAGUCUCCCCAUCAUCCGAGAGAUUUGGAAUGUAUGUAGGGGGCUAUCUCUUCAUAAUGGCGAGGGCCCGUGUUAGCAGGGAGGGAGGGCAGCUGAGUGGUCAGAGUGCUGGACUUGCAGUUCAAAGUCAAGUCAUGACUGCUAGCCAGAUUUGUUCCUGGUGUUCAUGAGCUAUCUUGUAUACAGCCAGCUGAUUUGCCUCCAUCGGGUUAAUAGUCUUAAUCCUUAAUCCUAUUAAGUCUGUUUUAAAUUAUAGUCAAACCUCACUGAGUGGGCCACAAUUUAAGGUAUUGAUCGUGAAUCUACCAUGUUUCUAACUUAUCCAACUUUCAUUUUAGUCUAGACUAGAAUCUAAGCUCUGUAAACUGUACAAGAACAUGGUUUGCCUGAUGGAGUCUCUUCAAAACCAUUGCUCUCUAACAUCAGUUGUCGUAACAAGUGAACACGUAGCACAGCCAAUCAGAGAACGGCUAGCAGGUCAUGUGACAGCAGUAAGCAACAUGUUACGAGACUGUUGUGAAGACCUGUUGGGUCUGUCAAUACUUUAUCCUGCAGCACCUUGGGUAUGUUUAAAGUGCAACUAACCCCCCAAUUUUUUUUUCGCUGAACGAAAUCUUCUUAUCAUCCUGCUUACUUGUGCGAAAAAAUUUUGGUCAUAGCAUUUUUCCUUAUUUUUUAAUAAUUUUUCAAAGUUUCAAAUUUUGGCGGUUCUUACGGCCACUACCGAGCUCUGUGGAGAAUGGGUCCGAGUGUUAUUGUGACGUCAUCGAAGGAGCUCGAUCUUCGCGAGCAACACGGACUUCUCUUGAAAUCUUCUUCUGGAAUCAUGCCCGACGCCUGUGUUGUUUUCGGUUUUAGCAGAACAGCCGAUCCCCAAAGAGGUAUCGGGCUUCAUAGAAUUUUUAUCUUUGAUGACUCACGCGAGGAAAGCAUUAAAAGAGGACGGAAAUGGGUGAACUUUGUCCAGCAGAGGAGAGCUAUUAAAAAUAGGAGCCAACCAUUUUUACAGCGUGCGCGCUUAAAAACAAUCGAACUUUUGAUCUAGUGAUCAACGAUCAGGAGCCCAUCAUUUUCAAGGCGAGUUUUCGCGGACUUAGUUUUAAAGGGAACAAGGUCGUCGGCUAAAUCAAAGCAGAAGAUGGACCAGUCUUUACGAUGAGGUACGAUAUUUAUCUGUACGUAGUAAGCUAAGAUUUCCGGGCAGCCAUAUUCAGAUGAUAGCAUAUUCUUAUGUUGGAAUGUAUUGCUGGUAAGAAUAAUCUGCCGCUCUGCUGAUUUUGCUAAACGAAGAACUUAAUAGGUUUCUUUUGUUUCCUAUUUUAACAAAAAAAGGCCAACGCAUUUUUUGCAUACAUUUUUUCUUGCAAAAUAAGCUAAAACUGGCAAAAAAAUGCACGGCAAGGUUUUUCUGUUGAAUCAGAGGCCACAUAGAAAAUUUUUUAGCUGAUUUGGAAGAAAAAAACAUCCAGAACGUUUGUUCACAAAGUGUUAUUCCAAGCCCUUCGUUAUUGAAUGAUAUUACGUUUUUGUAGUUUAGUCUGUAUAACCUAUUUAUUGAAAAUAUUGCCUGUCUUUGUUUUCAGGCAUAUUCUUGCAGCAGUUCAUUUCAAUUUCAACCUGCACAGGCACUGCACUGGUAUCACAGAGAUCAGGGUUGGAAUCCCUGUAAGCCUGAAUUUUUUCAGGCUUUCUUUUGACAACUGCAUAAGUUAUGUAUUUGACUGUAGUGAUCUUUUCUGUUUAUAAUAUAUUAUGUAGAUUAUUUUCUAUAAAAAUUGGAGAAAGGAAUGAAUUUUGUGGAAAAAGGAGUAAAGAUUUUCAUCCUCACAACCCUUUCUAUCAUCUUUAGAGCUGCUGAAUUGUACUGUAUUCAAUUUACUUUUUUUCCUAGUUCCUGAUGAACCAGUUGCAAGCACGGGUUCAAAUACAAGAAAAAGGGGAAAAAAACCCAGAAAACUCCCAGAGAUAGCCCCAACAAAGCUCGCUAUUGCUCUGAAUGCAAAAAUCCCAUGAAAGGACACAAGAACAUUAAAGACUGUCCAAAGAAUAAGAAAUAGGGCUAGAAUUUUAAAAGCCAUAGUGAAUAUUGUCUCUGUUGAGCUUGACUGUAGGGAACUAUUCUUGUACAAGUUUUGAGUUAUACUACAUAUAUACAUGUGUGUAUUGUAAUUGAAUUGUGGUCUAUGUAUAUACAGACAAAACUGGCCAGCUAUAUCUAUCCUUUUGCAAUUGAAAUCAGAAUUCUCGUACAAAUUAUGCACAGCCUUGAAGGUUGGUUAGCAAUAAUAACUCUUUAAGGAAGCUUACCAGCAAUAUUAAAGAAAAGUCAAAGGAUUUUGGUUGGAAAUAAAUUGAAACCAACCAGUCAGCGGGCUGUGUGUAUACCGUAAAUCCUCUAUUAAGCCCCCCCUUUUCAGAGGAGGAAAGUUAAUAAGCCCCCCCUCUCCCUCCCCCAAUCCUUAUUCUUCACAAAACAAUUAACAAUUACCGUGGACUGAUCAGUUAUGGUUUAUUCAGGCUGGAAGUUCAUAUUGUUUUUGGUCUUCGGCCACAUGACCUCCAACUUCAUAUGCUUAACUUUCUCAACUUUGCGCUCUAGUUCUCUGUGGACAAUUGUCACCAUUUUCUUAUAGUAUUAUAGUAUCAUAAAUUUCAAGGCUGUUUAUAUAAAACAUUUAAAUGUAAGAGGUAAAAGGUAAAUAUAAGAGGAGUUUUCCAGAGAUUUUCGUUUGUAAGUUGUGUACGACAAAUCCAUACAAGUAACCAUUCUCAUAAAAAUUACCGAAGAACAUGAGGCCCAAAGCACAUUUUUUAAGAAGAAUUUUGUUUUUGUUACUUUUAGGCUCCCACAACUGAAUUAAAUACUUUUGACAGUGACUGUAAUAUUGUACAACGCAUUAGUCUACUCUGUCUCAUACCACAGUACUUUUGCACAGGUGAUGCGUUUUGCUAAAUUAAAGAAGCUCCCCCCCUCUAUAAAGCCCCCCUCAAAAGUGCUUGAAAAAAAAUAAGCCCCCCGGGGGGGCUUAAUAGAGGAUUUACGGUAGUUGUGUCUAGAACUAGGGGAUUUGUGGACCUGACCUCUUAUCAGUGACACAUCUCCUGAUCUCUCUUUCUCUCGUAACAAGGGGCUAUAGGAGAUUGCUCUUUUUCAUAAUGGAGAGGAAAAAAGUUUUGUGCCAGCAGUGGCCUCUUUUGGCGGGCAAAAAUAAAUUUUCAUUGCAUAAUGACUUUUUUAUUAUUUACAACGAACACCCCUGGGGUGGUACUCAACAAAUUUUUAUGUGGGGAGGUUCCACCCCGAGGUCCAACUCCUUACCCUUUUAUAUACCAUUUUUCACGAAAAAGGUGCCCUUUUCGUAUACCUUCAAUUCUAUUGACAUUUGGUACCCCUUUCACAUACCUUGUUUAGAACUUUGCAUCUCUUUUGACCGCUUUAAAUGAACUGCCUUUUAAAUUGGAAUCAAUCACACAAAUAGAACGUUUUCUUGACUUUAUAAAGCCAUAAAAUUCAUUUGUGAGCCCUACUAGCCAUUUCACAGACCCAAAUGAUAGAUUUCCCUACCCUUUCAUAUGCUUCAACGAGUAAAAUCCCUACCCUUUCAUAUACUGAAGCCAGAAAAAGAUACCCCUUUUAGGCGGAGCCUCCCUGUAUAGGCCAUUAUCGUGAGUACCCCCUGGGCAAACACCCUACCUGUUUAUUUAUCACUAGUUCUUUUUUAUUACAUGCUUAUUGAAAUCUAUAAAAUUGUAUAUUAAAAGGAAAAAAAAUAGUGGUAAAAGCUACAGUCCAAAAUGAAUCUACUGUUUACGUCAACAAAAGAUGAAGUAAAACAGACAGUUAAACAGAUGAUCAACAAUUUAAUAACAGAAUAAUUUACAAGGGAAAAAGCCUAAAAAGUUUACUUAAUCAGCUUCGUCGAGUUCGAAUCCAGUGUAGGUUUCAUCUCUGCCGACAGGAAAUUGUUUUCUUAUUUCCGUGUAAGCACACGCAGGAAGAGGAAUUCGCUUAUAGACAAGCCUGGAAAACUCCCUGUAGGCAAUGCUACGCAAGUAAGUGUAAAAAUAAGACAACAAGAAAAGUAUUUAAUUUCGGCUGGACGAUGUAUUGAAGAAUUUGUAUGUUUUCAAAUCGAGUGUGUACCAUAUCGAUCGUACUUGACUCCAAUGCGGUAUAAAAAUAACAAAAACUAUCUCACCUUUCUUCGGUUCCAGUUUGUUUAUAUCUCUGUUUGGCUUUGGUAUUGACACGUUCGCCAGCCAUACGUAAGCUCCACUUUUGAAGGCAGACAGGACCAAAACCAGGAUGUUGUGUGAUACACCUUAAGGCCUUUUCGAGUUGAAUAUCUUCAAGAACACUUUCGCUACACAUGGCUUCUUUGCAACCAACUACAGCUCCUGGCAGCAGUAGCACUCGCUCAAAUUCUCAAGGACAACACGGCUGCAGUUUCCACAGGAACACCUGUAACAAUCAAGGUAGCUACAAUCAUACAAAAAUAACACUUUUUGUAGCGACAGCUAACAACUCUCAUCAUACAUCACAGCAAUCACGCCGCCAAACAAGCAAGUACUCGAUUAUUUACAUAAGCUUUUACUUCGAUCUUCACACGAUCAUACUACAAAUUUGCCGACACUCACCAAGAAUCCACAUGAACUGAUUCCUCAAGUCUUCCCCGUAGUUCUUGCUCUAGCUUAUUUGUUUCAUCAACUUCUUCUUCGUACUUUUUUAGCUAUUCUUCAUCAGGCAAGGGUUGAUCGGCAUAUGCAAUGUCAUUUUCCAGGCUUUCACAUGAAACUUGCGACUCGCGAUCACUUUGUUCCUUUGUUCAUCUUCCACUUCGGCCAAAUUUGCCUCAGAAUCUUCUGAAUUAAAGCUUCUCCCAGAACUUGAAUCACUUAAAGACAUAUUCCGUUGAAUUUUGGUCGUUUUAGUAUCCCCCUCGCUUAAAAUCAGUUAAAAUGAUUUUCCCUUUCUCGCUUCUCGGUCAUUUACUCAUGAGUUCGCGGCAGAUGUCCUCCUUCGAUGACGUCACAACAACAUUCGUACCCAGCUCCCACGAACCUCGGUAAUGGGACACAAGAGACCUGACUUUAAACAGCCAUGGAAACGCGAGGAUUUUGUCAAUCACGAUAAUUUUUUCGCAAAAGUAAUCACAAAAAUAAGGAGAUUUCAUUUAGCGAAAAACAUUUUUGGGGGUUCGUUGCACUUUAACGUUUUGAACAGCACCUUAAAUAGUGUAUGAAAAGAAAAAUUAAUUCGAGAAAAAUCCCACUUUUGGUUUUGUAAGGCAAGCUUCUUAUUUGCAAAUUGUACCAUGUGAAAGUGCUUCUAAAGAGGUUCCACUUGAGUGUUCAUUGUGUAGGAUUUUGUCCAGACUCAAAAGUUUGAAUUUCAUACAAAACAAAACAGUACCAUGCCAGCCUCCUCCUCAGGCGCUUCGUUUUCCGCAUGGCAGAGGCGAGCGCGAAACGCGAGUGACUGGUGAUGAACCGCAAGGGACCAUGGGAAGGGUACAGGCUGCGCGCACAUCGAAAGAGAGACGUCUAGAACCUAAAGUUACCUAUUCCUUAUUAAAGAGGGUACGAGGCAUGUACCGUGCGAAGGUAUUGCUGAAGAGGUUUCAUUUUAAUGGUCAUAUCGUAGGAUUUCAUCCAUAGGCUCAAAGUUAAGAAGAUUUGAUAUAAAAAAUACAGCGAAUUGAGUUUGACUUUGAGAGUGGGUUAAAAUAAUAUGGGUUUCUUACCCUCCAGGAGGAAAAUAAGGCUAAAAAAUCACUGUAAUUUUUACCAUUGCAUUUUAUAAUUAAUGAUAUCAAAGUAAGCAAGGAAAUUUACCGUGUGGAGAUGUUUUAAAUGUUUUGAUUUGCUAUCAAAAUAUCUAAAAUGCAGGCCUGUUUUUCCUCGCUGGUAGUCCUUUGGCCCAGGAGGAUAUUGAAGGCCUCACAAUGUUAGGUGGGCUCGCAACAAAGUUUUAUAAGGGGAGGCUGUGCCACAAGGUCCAUCCUCUUACCCACUUACAUCUUAAUAAAAAUAAAUUCCUAAAACAGGAUCCUUCUUGUCAGGUUUAAUGAAUGCAAAUGAUUAAGCCAUAAGACGCGUAUAUUUGAAACAUUUUAAUCAAAGGACCUGUAAAUCACUUAAAGGAUAGUUUUCGCUACCCUUUCAUAUACUUCAACUCAUGAAUUCCAGAAUUCCUACCCUUUGAUAUGACUGAAGCCUGAAAUUGGUAUCCUUUUCGGCGAAGCCUCUCUGUAUAGGCAAUUGUAGGGAAUGCUUCCCCCCAGAUCCUGUGGAGUCAUAUUUAAUGUGCUUGACUUGUUUUUCAUAUCCUUCAGCCCCCUCUGAAGAAGGUUAUCCGCGAGGACUUGACAGAAGAAAAUGUUAUGUCACACAUGCCAGAUUUGAGCAGAAAAAAACUGCAAGAGGUAACGAGGACAUCUGAAAGUGUGAACAUUCAAUUUUAAGCUGCGAAUAACAUUUUAAUUAAAGCUUCCUGCAUUCGCUGUCUUCACUAUUGAUAAACUAAAACGUUUUAUUCGAAUCAGCAAUUAACCCAUUCGCCCCGAAACCGCACAUAACCGCAUGUGCGGAUCUACGUCCCUUGAAGCGCUUAUAACUUCAUCGCAGUUUUAACGGUCAAGAAAACCUUUUGUCCCUCCUCCCUGAACCGACUGAAGAGAUCUUUUAAACCAUACCAGAAUGAACACGAUUCAGUAAAGGUGACCGCAAAAAACGCGAAAAUCAUUAAAAGACCCGAAAAUUCCUAUGAAUAAUGUGCCCUAUGAAAUCUUUUCCACCACCUACCUGCACUUCCAUGUAAUCCUACGAUCCUAGAAGGUUUUCCGAAACAAUUCCCAACGAAAAAACAGGUGGUAAAUGUUCAGCAAAAGGAAUUAAAAUGGAACAAGAAAGCGAAAGAAGAGGGGAAGAGAGAAAGCGAAAGCUUCAAUGUCUUUCCCAGAGCUUCGAUCCCUUUGGUCAGCGUAUGCUACAGUUGUUAGUGUUGUAUAUUACAUAAAUUUUAAUUUCAAAUAUUUCUGUAUUUCAUGUACAUACAGGUGAGAAUAAUGUGUUCGUUUUAUUACGAUUCUGAUUCUGCUUAUUUUUCUGUUCUUAAAUAUAAACAACUUUUCCAGGUGAGAUCAGUUGUGCAGGCUGUAAUGAAAACCAUGAGCUAUUUGAAACACAUGUUGUCUCUUGAGGUACAACUUGAUUUUAAUCCCCAUGUUAUACUAAGUUUAGCGUGGGACCAGGCUCCGCAGUGGGGGAGAAGGCAAAAAACGAGGUGAAAUAGGAAAAAUAUAUAUCGGCGAGCGAAGCAAGCCGAGCGGUGGUCUGGGGAGUGGGGACGGGCGGCUCUCUUCGCACGCCGAUUUUUUCCACCUUUUUCCACCAAUGCGGAGCCUGAUCCCAGGCUAUACUAAGUCAAUAGAGUGAUAUAUGUGGAAUAGUAUUACCUGAUAAAACAGCCGACAUUUCGCGACGCCACCGCUGGUUUCCCCGCUCAAUGACGUCUGAGAAACGAGCGCAGAAAUUCCAUACUGAUGACGGGUCACUACCCAGAUCUAGAUAGUGCUUCUGAUUGGUUGAAGCAAAUUUCCCACGCGGGACGACUAAUCAGCCGCAGUUGAUCAAAAUGGUUGAUAAUUAACGUUAUCCACAGGAUAAAUCACCACUCACUGGAUAACGCAAUUGGUUUCCCUAAUACCUAUCCAGCGGAUAGCUAUUUAUUCAGUGGAUAGCACUUUACCGCUUUUAAAGAACUGGGACCAGAUGCACUACCCAGACCUUGAUACUGAUACGUCAUUACUAUGGAAUUUCUGCGCUUGUUCCGCAGACGUCACUUCCCGGGAGAACCGACGGUGGCGUCGCGAAAUGUCGGCUGUUUUCUCUGACUAGAAUAGUAUAAAAAUCCCUUGUUAAGCCUUUAAUUACAUCGAAGACUAUGAAAACAAUAACUACACUGACUCUUAAAUUACACUUAAGUAUUAUUAAAAUGUAUUAUUAAAAUAACUUGAACUACUACAUGAGAAAUUUCUGCAAUUUGAUUGGCUUAGAGCAGUGGUAUUUCAGCUUAAUUUUAAAUACCUACAUGUGAUAAUUACAAAGCAACCUUUUUGUGGGCAGUAGUAUAAACAAAUAAUAGCACGAUUUGUACGUGAUAUUUGGCAUAAAUACCACUCGUAAUGUUUCAAAUAUGUUUUAAAUUUCACGAGCCGUUAGGCGAGUGAAAUUACGUACAACAAUUUUGAAAUAUCACUCCUGGUAUUUAUGCCAAAUAUCACUACUAACAAAUCAUGCUGUUACCUAUACUAAUAAAAUAAGUAUUAUUAAAAUGACCCCAGGUUGAAAUACUGCAUAUAGCAUUCCCGUGAUCCAAACAUCCGGGUAAAAAGAGGGCUUCAAUGGGGUGGUAGCUUUGACGGUUGACGGUUAUUUAGGGGCUGUUUACAUGGAGGGAGGAAGAUCCUAGUACCAGGAAGAUCCUAGAGGGCGGAUCAUCCUAGGGCCAUAUGUUUUCUGUAUUCAUUUUACAUGCAAAGGGUUUUGUACUUGUCCCUAACGCUAGGAUCUUCCUAGUACUAGGAUCUUCCUAGCUGAGAGUUAGGAAGAUCCUAGCACCAUGAAAACUGCUUUCGCUAGGAAGAUCCUAGUACUAGGGACAAACGCGGCAAAAAUGUCGGCGGGUCGUUCAGUGGCCAAUUAAGGCAAUAAAGGCCGACCAUUUCGUUUGGAGUAAUCCACGAGCAGAUUAUUGUGUUAAUUCAGCUGAAAGGUAGUGAUUUACGCCAGUAAAAAAAGCAGAAGGAGCCAGAUUGCAUUUUUGAUUUUGUCGUCCGCCAUUUUUAAUUCUUUCCCUAACCUUCUCUACUUGGACAACUCACGUGCCGAAAUUUCUGCAUGUAAACCCAACGGAUCUUCCUGGUACUAGGAUCUUCCUCCCUCCAUGUAAACAGCCCCUUAGUAGAAAUUUAGUUCACGUGUUAAAUUAAACAUUAACCUUCUGUAUAAAUAAACAAAAUUAAAGUUUACAGUUAGGUUUUGGAGGCUGCCUCGGCCUUUCAGAUAUAAAAUCUCGAAAUGUUUUCAGAUAUAGGCAAGUUGUAAGGGCUUGCAAUGUCUAGAGAGAGUGUUUUUGAGAACAUGGGAAAUGGUUUUUCCUGUUAAGAGAUUCUUCAGGAGCAAGAAGUCCGUGAAGAUCAGCAGUGAGAUUUGAAAUACUUUGAAACGUUUUGACGGUUAAUUUUACUCUUUUUGACGGUAAAAAAAGACCUUUUUUGAUUGUCGGUUGACGGUUAAAUUUUAGGCCGUUUGACGGCAGACGGUUAACCUGAUUGAGACCGUCUACAAAGAAUGGUAACAAAGUAAGUACUUCAAUUGACCGGAGUACGGUCAAUUGAAGGCAAUCUUAGUAUUACUAUUAGAUUAGUAUUGUGAGUAGUAUUGUACGAAAAAAAACGAAGUUUAGCCAGUGUUUAAAAAAACCGCGUUUUAAGCCAUUAUCAGUUUGCUGAACACUUUUAUGUAAACACCAUUUAUCGUGAACAGUUUCAUGAAACCAUAUAGCGUAGACCAGAAACGCAUUUGUCGUCUUAAAAUGACCCGCUAAGGAAGAGAUCUUGAGGGACCAAAGAUUGACUAAACCGCGGUCUAACUUCAGCAGAUUACGUUUAAAUAACCGACCCUUAGAGUUUCUCACUCCCCAGUCCCGAGAACAUAAUACAAUAAUUGAUUUCAGGACAGUAAAGGUUUCUAUUGGUGACGUGUUGUUGCUGUAAUUUUCUUUCCUUUAGAUCAAAAUUCUCAAAGAGGAGCUCUCAUUUCAUCAGCAGGUUUAUGAAUGUCAAAAUGACUAUGUCGAGUCUCUGUUGUCUGCUGUAAGGCAAGUGUUUUUACUAUAUUUCGUUGCAUUGUCACGAGCAUAUUUCUGGUUUAGGUCAGGUCUUUGCUGAAGGCAUUACUUUAUACCUUUACCUAUACACAAAAUACUCUUGUGGAGUUAUCAACAAGAUGCCAAAAAAAAUUCAUCAGGGAGCAUUAACUAUACAACUUUUUUUUGGUGAUUUUUGCCAGGCCUAGAAUUUAAGAUAUUUUUCAAGUUUCUUAUCUAUGCCUAUCCUUGCCAUCCGUUAUAACAGACAACAGCAAAUACCCUAUUUCCUCGAAUAAUAUCCGGGGCACUUAUUUCUUUUUUCGCACCGAAAGGGGACGAUUAUUCGAGGGAAGGUGAUUAUUUGAGGGAGGCGAUUAUUUCAGAUAUUGUUCACUGAAAGUCGUGCCCUAAAUAUUUUGUUCUACCCAUUAAAUAAAAAUAAUAAUCACUUCAAAGAAACUGAACAUGGGCUUUUCAAGUCUUCCCAAUUUGGUUCCUUGAUUAAUUUUCAUUGUCAAUAUCCUCGGCGUCGUCACUGAUCAGUUUUGCUGGAUCAGACUCCUCUUUAGCCUCAUCCUCCAGAUUUACCGCUAUGUGUAUCGAUAGCGAGUUACCUAUAGUGGUGGGAAGGAGAACGAUUAUUCGAGGGAGGCGAUUAUUUGAAACAUUUCCGUCAAAGGGGGGCGAUUAUUCGAGGGAAGGCUAUUAUUCGAUCAAAUACGGUAGUUUCAGUGCUUAAGUAUGAUCUUAAAUAACAAAUAACAAAGCUUGACCAUGCGUUUUUGACUUGUCACGAAACGCUCAAUGCGUGACAGAAACAGCUGCGAAGGAGACUAUCUUCUUCAGGUCUUUUGUAUUGAUUUAUUCUAAACUGGGCCUCACAUUCCAGGGGCUUGUAGUUCAAGCUUCCUCGUCGUCAAUCAGGCCGCCAGGCUUUUUCUUAGAAAUUGGAGAAGCCUGGGCUGGGAACGAGGUUGAAUUUACGGUUCAUUUUGUUGAGAUUUUAUUUGUGCAAGAAACAAAUGAACAUUCCUUCCCAUCGUCAGUUGUUAACUGAUGAAUUUCUCAUUUCUCCUUACAUGUGUAAUCAGACGGUAAUGAGAAUCAAAUCAAUCUUUCGGAGUAUAUAGUUUUGAAGUUAAAACUGAAUGCUUGUGAUCACUGAUCAAUUGAUAUUAAUUCUUCUUACAGACUCACAGUAUACUUCCACGAUGGCGUCAUUUUACCACAACUACCAGAAUCCUUCAGUUUGUAGUUUUCUUAUUUUAUUGUUGUUUAAAUUAGGAAGCAAAAACGAAAUGAAUUCUGGUAGUUGUAGUCAAAUGCCGUCAUCGUGAAAAUGGCUGACAAGCAAACGGGUCGUGAGAAUAAAUGUUCUUCUUAUUCUUGCACUCAAUAUCUUUACCUCACCAAACAUGUUUUCUUAAUUAACAGCGAGGCCUAUGGAGUAUUUGAAGGAAACUUGAUAGAAACUCUUUGCAAGCCAUUAGAAGGUUUGUAAAAAAACAUUAUCUGUAGCGACAUUCCGAAGUUGUUUCUGACGUUCUCAUUUAUUGGCGGAAUACCAAAGAUAACCGAGAAAGACGAAAAGAUGUUACGAUUUUUAGUUCAUAUCGAGGCCACCUCUCUGUUCUAGUGAUGAAGCCGAAAAAAUAUCGUGAAACUGAACUCUCAGCGUAUUAGGAUAGACUAUGCUAGGGCUUUUCCUCUGGUAGACCUAUUCGGCUAAUUCAAUGUUGUACCCAAUUCAAAUCUCCCGGUGAUAAGAUUCUUUGUGUACUGUAUUUGCAUAAUAAUGUGGCAUUCACAUUUAAAUGAUAUGGAAAUUCCUUAAACAAAACGUUUUAUUCCCAAAUAAAUUGGGUGCAACAUUGAGUUAGCCGAAUAGGUCUAUCAGCUGGGCAGGGACGUGCACUCUCUACUGAAUGAAAUAAAGUGUCUUCAGAUUCUCUUGCUCCUAGCUAGUGUAAGCAAUUUGUGUAGGCAGAUGUUUCAAAGUCAACGCAAAGUCUAAUGAGAACACGAAAGCACGAGGAUAGGAAAUUUUGUUCGCAGCAUAUUCUCUUAACAAUCAGUCCGAAAAAACGUAACGUGAAAACCAACCAUGGCCCUGUGUCCUACUUUAUGUGGCUACCAGCAUGCUCGCACACGUUUUGCAUGCUUAUAGCGGAGCUCUCGCGCGCGAGAAGCGCGCGCACCGGAGCACCAUGGGUAAGAAAAUUUGCAUUUCAAGCAAAAAAAAGAAGAAUUAAACAACAACAAAGCCGAGUCUUUCCUUCCACUAGAUUUCUAGUAAUAGAGAAAGAGCUAGAGAGAGAGAGAGAUAAAAAGCGAAGGUGACCAGUUUCGUUGGAAGAAAAACAUGAAAAUUUUAAAGCGGCGGUGAGAAAAUGAGAAAUGCUAACGGCCAGGAAGGUGAGAAUAAGCGGCAGUGAAGAAUAAAAGCGAACAGGAACACACAUGACAUUUCCUCCACAAUAGAUGUAACCAGGAAGUUUCUGGAAUUUUCACGUCGUAGUCCUGCAAAACAACGGCAAAGAAAUGUACAAAAAAAGUGUGCUGCACGUGCAAAGUUGCUUUUUGCUAAUUAGACCUGUGUUUUUGUUCUUGUUUUUUUUUGCGUGUAUAUAAUGGUUUUUUUUUCUUGUUUUUUUCGUAGCUAAGGCUGAUAAGCAAACAUACAACUAAACGUUUUCAAGUUUCCUCCCAAGUUGUUACUAGAUUCUAACAAAUAUUAUAUCAAUUCUUUUGAACAGAAACUCUCACUGCUUACACAGAACUGAAGGACACAGCUUCUGAGGGAAGUUUGAAACGUUUUCUUUCAGUUUUUAAGGACAACGCCACCCAGGUAAAUGUUCAUAAUUUGCCAUACCCCUUGAUUUAUAACUUGCCCUUUUAAGCUUGCGUUUAAUACCCGACCUCGGCAAAACACAUCAAAAUAAAAAUGGUGGAAAAAAAUUGCUAAAGUAUGUUUUUUUGUCAGUCUGUUUAAUCAAUUGAUAAGCCUGGGUAGCUGGCGGUUUUGGUUUCGAGCGCGUAAACUGAAUGUGUGCGAGACCGCGGGAAGAAUGGGGCAGCUCGUUCGCGCACGCUCUGCGCGACAGCUUUUUCUCUCCUCUUGCCAAGAACGUCUUAUUGAUAGCCAUUUUCCAUGCUUUUUAGGACCAAAUUUUUCGCGCAUUCUAAAACACACAGGUUAUCUGCUGGAUAUCCUUACAUAAGUUACUACUUAGUCGAAGUUUUUGUUCAGUUAUCAUUGUGAGAGAUCACAAGAUCAAAUUCCCGUGGAAAACAAACGUCAGUUGUGAAAUGUUAUUCGUAACAGGGACUUUCUUUUCAUGUGUAAUUUUCUCCCCGACUUACCUAUUGGCUGCAUGGUUUUUUGCCAGGUAAAGUCUACCGUGACACAAUUAUUGUAAUUGUAAUUUUGUAAUUUGUUUACCCACGAAGCACUUAGGAGUUCAUAUGAACUCGUUUAAACGUGUCCGUGCGUCCCAGAUCGAAUUGGAAUUUGAAAGUGUUGGUUUUUGAGGAGAGGGAAAACCGGAGUACCCGGAGAAAAACCUCUCGGAGCAAGGGAGAGAACCAAUAACAAACUCAACCCACAUAUGGCUUCAACGCCGGGAUUUGAACCCGAGCCACAUUGGUGGGAGGCGAGUGCUCUGACCACUGCGCCACCCUUGUCACAGCAAGAAUUAUCCCAAGUGGUCCAAUAAUUGGCCAAAGCUUUUGAAAUGAGUUAUUUAGUUAGAUUUCUUCAAGGCUUUCUAGCGAGUGUCCCAUAAAAAACUAUUAUUUAAAGUAGAAUACCUUGGUGUUAAAUGUUCUUUGUUUUGGUGGUUCAGAUCGUACUUAACACCUGGCAGAAGACAUAGGACUGUGAUAGAUAAUGAGUCUUCCGAUUUUCUCCUGGUUAAAUCUGAGGUCCCUCAAAAGUCAAUUCUGGGACCUUUCCUCUUCUCAAUCUUUAUUAAUGACAUGCCUAAAUUAAUCUGACGUGAAACAUCGUUACCUCUCUUUGCGGAUGAUGCUAAGUGCUUUCGUUUAAUCUUUGGGCAGGACGAUUGUGAUAAAUUACUGUAUGGCUUAAAUGACUUAUUGUUACUUGGGGAAUGGAGUUCAAUGUUAAAAAUUGUUAAGGUUUUGAGGGUGGCACGUGUUAGAUCCGCAGCUGAUAGGGAUUAUUUCCUUGGGGGAAUUAAGUUAGACCGUGUUUCUUUUGAGAAAGACUUAUGGAUUUUGUUAAGUUACGAUUUAAGUUGGAAUAAGCUCGUUGAUUUUAUCAGCUCCAAAGCUCAAAAGAUGCUUAAACUCCUUUAUCGUACAUGUAAGGAAAUAACUGAUGUUAGAACUAAGAAAUUACUUCACAUAACUUGGGUUCGAUCGCGCCUUGAAUACCCUAGCGUGGUAUGGUCCCUGCAUACUAAAAGAAACAAUACAAACUUAAGACAGGUGUAACGCAGGGCCACGAGAUUCAUUCUUGGUAAGGAUUACUCUGAGCGCGAGCGCCUUAGUAAAUUAAAUUUAUUACCAUUACAGUGUCGUAGAGAAAUUAAUGAUCGCGUAUUCUUUUUUAAGCGUUAAAUGGAUAUGUGUAAUUUAAAUAUUAUGGAUUAUGUGUCGUUUCGCACUUGUAUCAAACCGCUGAGAAACGUUGACCAUCUGACGCUAGAUGUCCCUUUUAGUUGGACAGAAACUUUUGAGAAUUCUUUUUUUAUCCGUAUUUGUCGCUUGUGGAACGAUUUACCUCUCAAAAUCAGGGACUCGUCCUCCUUGUCAAUUUUUCGUAGGAAUCUCAUUUCGUUUUAUGAUAAUAUGUUUAACACAAAUUUUCUGUGAGUGUAUUUUUUAAUUUAGCUUUUAUUCUUAUUUAUCAUGAUUAUCUAUGAUAGUGAGUGCGCUCAAUGUCACAUGCCUUAACAUAUUUUUUAUUGUAUUUUGAUCCUUUUUUAAAUUGUAUAAUAAUUUAAAGUUAAGUCUUGUAAUAGCAAAGUUCAAGGUAAAGGUAAAUCGGACAAACUGCGGAAUGGUUAAUAUUUUUAAAAGUAUCAGGUGUUUAUUUCGUACUUUCCCUACGCUUCGUCUACUCUGAACAUAUGAAAUAUUGAUGGUGGACUAUCGAACUCGGUUAUCGAUCUCUACAAUCACGAAGAUAAAAUUGAUAGUCAGAACUACUAAUAUCUCUUCCUUAUCUGGUAUUCGCCCUUUCGUCCGCACUAUACAGCUAAAAACCGUGUUAGUAUACCAUUCUAUCAAUUUACCCCGAUUUUCCCCCAGCAUUCGCUGAAACGUCCGUUAUCAAAGGUUUCGUAUCCUAGAAAAGGAGGAGAAAAUUUUAGUUGACUGGAUGUGUAUGUGUAAUCAAAUGGUGACGAGUGAAAUUACAAUAGAGAAUAAUUUCACCCGCGUUUUGUCCAAAUUCUAAUAAUUUCCCGACAUUUUGCGCCAAAGUUAAGGAGUAAUUUGUCACCCAUGAAAUCAAAGAUAUUAAGUGUUUGAUCAACCCUCCCAAAUGAUCCAUAACUGUUAAGGCAAUACGGCAGUUAGACAAAUGAUUAUUUCCGCGUGUAUUAUGUGUAGGUCCAGUCCACUCUGGAGAAAAAGGGUAUUUCCCCACAGAGGAUUAGAAAUAUUGAACUCACAGUCACACACUGCAAAAUGAAAAAGGUGAAUAAGAAAUAACUAGUGACUUAUAUUUGCUCUCCAAAUAGCCAUGGUUUCCUGUGUUUUUGCUUGAAAUGCUUUGGAGUCUAUAUGCAAAAACAUUCAGCACAUAUAAUAUGAAUAUGAUAAUUUCAGAAACUGCUGCAUAAAAUAUAUAUAUAUAUAUAUAUAUAUUUCUGAUUUACUAGCAUUGUGAAAGUCAGUUCUGUAACGCCGUCGCCGUAACCUUCUUUCGAAGAACCCAGGCUCGGGCCUUUAGUUCAUUUUGUGUGAUCACUGCCUGGAAACAUUUGAUGUUGAAACGAAGGAAAUCUAGAGUGGAAAAAACAGCCCAUAUGGAUCAAUAUACGUUUCUGCGAAAGUGCCCACCUACCCCUCCCCUAAGCUAACAUUUUGCCCUAAAGGAGAAUUAAGUGUUAAUGUUGGCCUAGGGGAGGGGUAGGUGGGCAGUUUCCCAGAAACAUAUAAUGAUCUGAACUGUCUGGAGCGAGGAUGAAAACGGAGAGUGAGACUGGGGACAGAUGCAAAUCGUGUUGCAUUUUCAUUUUUAAAGCUGUUUAUUGAUUCAAUCAACGCAUACAAUGGAACUGUUGUGCAUGUAUACUACUGACAACCUAAACCUGUACCUUUUAAAAGUUUGUCUAAGGGCGGCAAAAUCAAAUGGAAAUCAACUGUAAUGUUCUUGCCAAAGAUUGGAUAGAUCGUUGUUGAAAUCAAUCAGAAUCAGGCAUUAGACUCUUGUCUUGCUUGUCAUGUACAUUUUCCCUUUGUAAACUGAAGCAUAGAUUUUGAUAUCUUUGAUGUCAAUCGGCUCCACCGCUAGUGGGUUCUGGUCCAGGAUUGUAAAAUUGGCGAGUUUUCCUCCUUCAAUGGUGCCCAUGAUUUCGUCAGUGCCCAAGAUUAUGGCGGCAUUCUUGGUGAUGGCCAGCAUGCCUUGAUAGGGUGUCACCCUGAGAUCUUCUCUGUACGUGUUCCCGUCUGCUGUAACGCGGGUGAUGGCACUCCAGGCCAGCAGGAGAGGCGCCGACGGUGCCAUGGUGAAGUCGGAGUGGAAGGCUGUAACCACGCCCCUGUCAAAGAGCCAUUUCAUUGGAACCAUCGCUUGAGCUCUUGCAGUUCCGAGACCAUCUUCGCUGUACUUGUCAGCCAGUGUGUAGAAGUAGUAAGGGGCUGCAGACACCAAUAAGCCCAACUGAGCGAUUUUAUCAGCUUGGUCUUCAGUAAAGUAACCAGCAUGCUCGACUGUGACUCGAUGGUUUUCUCUCGGGGACUCCUUGUUGAGGGUUUCCACGACCUCCAGCAGCUUCUGCAUGCCAAGGUCUCCAUUGGUGUGUACAUGGAUCUGAAAGCCAUUUCUCCAGUAAACCCGCAUGGUUUCCUCCAGUUCUUCUGGCUGCAUGAUCCACUGACCAUCGUGUCCGUCUAUGUAUCCGUCUUUCAUCUGCAUCAGCUGUGAAUAGAACGCUCCGUCACAAAGACAUUUGGCAUGGUUGUUGUAGAGAACCACUUGAUCGUCACUUAAUGUCUUUGCGAGAUCUUGGAUGUGCUCUAUAGCCUUCUGGUUGUCUCCGCCAUACAUCUUAGAGUAAUUUCGAGCACUGGGAACCAAGUAGGUAGAGAAAUGUGAGAUCUCCUUGUUCUUCAGAAUCUCCUCGGCCUUUUGUUGCUCCAGUUCUUCAUUUAUCAAAGGAAACUCUAGAUCAGCAACGGCGGUGAGCCCGUUCUGGUGAACAAUCUGCAUAACCCAAAUAAACAGACAAAUCAUUUAACUUUGCACUUACGGUAUCAGCGGCCGUCUUAGGGGACCCCCCCCCCCCCGGGGGGAUUUGCACAUUUGCAUUUUUUGGAGAAAAAUUGUUGGUUCUACACAUGUAGAUCAUGCACCGGCGUAAAAAUGUAAACGUUUUCGUCCAUGUUUAAGGCUUCAUGUCAAAAAAGGACACUCUGUUCAAGACACUAAAUAGUGUAAUCGUAUCCCCUGUUUAAGACUCUAGACUCUUAAAACCAUACCCGGUUCAGCGGCACAUACCUGCUUAGGCCAUGCAAGGAAAUGCCACUCCUCUUCCCACCCAGACAAAAAAAGUAACAAGAUCAACAGUUCAAAAAGAAGCAAUUUUUUAACACAUUUAGAACAUGUUUUAAAAAACUCUUUGUUUAACUAGUAACAUACAGUAUUUUGAUAUGUUACUUUUCUUUUUAAUGACGUAUUAUUUUUUUCUCUUGUAUUUAUAGAACAUUCAAAUUCUAUUUUCUUUUGACUUGAUAACGACGUCCGACAACGUCGAAACGUCACGUUUUUUAAAAUUUCUUUAAAUGUUUUUAAGCAAAAAAUUUUUUAGAUCAAAAUGAACAGUAUUGUGGACUCUAUGACUCUGAGCGAGUAUUCUGACAUCGAAGUUAAGAUUUGAAAGGGCGACAUUGAUCUCUGGACGGCUUAGGCGUAUCAAUCGGAUUGACUGAACACUCUGCUAAUUAUUAACUUUCUUGAUAUUUGCUGGAAAUCGAACCACAUUCCUGUUUCAGCUCUCAUUUCCUUGAAGGUGUUCGCGGCACGUUUACGGUACGUUAACUCCUCCAAUCACAGCUUUGCUUUUAUCAGUGCCCCAUGUGUGAUUUAUUGUCGCGUGAAAACAAGUGAUCAACUGGAGUCGAGUCCUGUUCAAAAUUUAUGAGAUUAGCAGCCGCAGCAGAAAGAAAGUCGAACAAAUGUGAUCCACAACAAGGGUGUGUUUAUAAAGCUUGGGGAGGGGAGGGGGGAGGUACUUUGGUUAAUUUUUUGGUUAAUUUGCUGUGUAUCUGCCGUAGGCGGCUCGGAGCCCCUACCCCAUUAUAGUCUGUUCUGUGGCCAAUUAUAGACCCCGUCUUAGUCACUUUUGGGCAAAUAUAAUUUUCGCGAUUCCUAUUUUAGUUUUGCAUCUACCUUAUUUCCAAUGGAUUGAAACAUUUUUAAAUUGAAUGAAGAACACUUUACUUUAUACCUAAUAAUAAACAACAACUUUCGGAACUUUUUAACCGAGAAUCUUCCCAUUUUGAAUCCCUACGGAAUAGAAUCUUCUUACCCACAAAAUCCGAAAAUGUGCGACCCCAUUCUAGUCAAUCCAGGCGUGAAAAUGCGACCCCAUCCACCGACACAUCCCCAUUAGCCUCUUAUAAGGAAGUAUCCCCCCCCCCCCAACCCUAUUAGAAAAAUGCCUGGUAUAGCACAGGUGUCCCAAGCUCACUUUCCGAGGGUGGGAUGUAAAUUUACUUUCUCAUAAGAGAGUCGGUGUUACGUUACAGGCGACGGGUCAGACGUUGUAUGAGAAUAAAAUACUCCCGGAAAAUACUGAGGUCUGCGAACGCUAAAUAUCAUUAUACUCUACCUUUUCGUAAAAAAUAAAGGAGACUUACCUUUGAUGUAUUCCUGUGUUUUUUGGUGCGAAUUCAUCGAUUUAGUCGUUUUUUAUUGUGUGACCCCUGUAAAACUUGAAGGGAGUUGUUACACGGGAUAACACCAGUACAGCCAUAAAGAACGACUAAAUCGAUGAAUUCACACCAAAAAUCACAGGAAUACAUCAAAGGUAAGUCUCCUUGAUUUAUUUUAUAAACAAAGAGGUAAAAUAUAAUGAUAUUUAGCGUUCACAGACCUCAGUAUUUUAAUUAUCAAAAUGAAAGUCUGUAUUUGGAGGUAUGUUUUAACGGAUUUCAAGCGAAUAUGCCGGCGAAUGGUGCGUACUUGAAUGCUUUUUUUUUGCAAAAGAAACAAAGAAAUAUUUCUUCAGUCUAGUUUAAAACUAAUACAACUUAAAAAAAUGGAUGAAAUUGGGUACAAGGCUAUAUAUAGUAAACAGAGAUUCGGUCAAGUGUUCUUAUAAAGCGUUCUAUCAAAUGUGUUAUUGACAUUCUCUCAAUAAACUCUAGAGAAAGUUCAGAAAACGUCUCGUUUUGCUAUUGUAUUGAUAUACCCUCAAAAAGCGUAUAUGAGGUCGAUCAGGAGAUAGGGAGUGGGGAAUUGUCUCCUUCUGUGUGCCCGGGGGUGGGGAAUAGACCGCAAGGAAAAAACAUGCAGAUCCCCGGGGUUUCCCCGGGUGGGCAUGGUAACANCAUCCCCAUUAGCCUCUUAUAAGGAAGUACCCCCCCCCCCCCAACCCUAUUAGAAAAAUGCCUGGUAUAGCACAGGUGUCCCAAGCUCACUUUCCGAGGGUGGGAUGUAAAUUUACUUUCUCAUAAGAGAGUCGGUGUUACGUUACAGGCGACGGGUCAGACGUUGUAUGAGAAUAAAAUACUCCCGGAAAAUACUGAGGUCUGCGAACGCUAAAUAUCAUUAUACUCUACCUUUUCGUAAAAAAUAAAGGAGACUUACCUUUGAUGUAUUCCUGUGUUUUUUGGUGCGAAUUCAUCGAUUUAGUCGUUUUUUAUUGUGUGACCCCUGUAAAACUUGAAGGGAGUUGUUACACGGGAUAACACCAGUACAGCCAUAAAGAACGACUAAAUCGAUGAAUUCACACCAAAAAUCACAGGAAUACAUCAAAGGUAAGUCUCCUUGAUUUAUUUUAUAAACAAAGAGGUAAAAUAUAAUGAUAUUUAGCGUUCACAGACCUCAGUAUUUUAAUUAUCAAAAUGAAAGUCUGUAUUUGGAGGUAUGUUUUAACGGAUUUCAAGCGAAUAUGCCGGCGAAUGGUGCGUACUUGAAUGCUUUUUUUUUGCAAAAGAAACAAAGAAAUAUUUCUUCAGUCUAGUUUAAAACUAAUACAACUUAAAAAAAUGGAUGAAAUUGGGUACAAGGCUAUAUAUAGUAAACAGAGAUUCGGUCAAGUGUUCUUAUAAAGCGUUCUAUCAAAUGUGUUAUUGACAUUCUCUCAAUAAACUCUAGAGAAAGUUCAGAAAACGUCUCGUUUUGCUAUUGUAUUGAUAUACCCUCAAAAAGCGUAUAUGAGGUCGAUCAGGAGAUAGGGAGUGGGGAAUUGUCUCCUUCUGUGUGCCCGGGGGUGGGGAAUAGACCGCAAGGAAAAAACAUGCAGAUCCCCGGGGUUUCCCCGGGUGGGCAUGGUAACAGGUCAAAUUAGGUCAGUUCCAUGGAUCUACUAAGGGUGCGUUUCUUUACUAAAAUCCAAAUCCGGAUUUUUAAUCCAAAAACGGAUAGUUCGUUUCUUUACUAAAAUCGAAAUGAUGAUCCACAACUGAGGUGAAUUUUUGGAUCAUAUCCAAAACCGGAUACUUUGGAUACACGAUCCGCAGCGUUUCUUUACUUCGAAAAGACUGAAUACUGCCAGUGGUAACAGCUUUAAGGCCAUUUUUGAACCCAAGGAAUGGAUAAAACGACCGAUUUUAUCCUUUUUAUCGGGGUGGUAAAAUCGCAAUACAAACGGGACCUGCAUUUUUUACUUUUAGUUCACAAGAAAAAUCGAUCAGUACAAAACUGCUACUCCGCUUCGCGUCUUGGAAGACUUUACUUUUACAGUACAUUUCUUAUUUCAAGACCUGUGAUUUUGUUACAAGUAGUUAUGGGGAGGCCUGGGACUCAUCUUGUAGAAAAAAAAAAAAGGAACAGUCGGAAAUUGAAAAUGCUUUGGCCUUUAUGUAACCAGACAGUUUAAUCUGAAGACAGACUCAAUAAAAAAAUUGACGAAUACCGAAAUACCGUGUCGAGAAUAGACGAAAUACCGAUACCGCAUUUAUGAUCGGUCACGCUUACUUAAAGUUGUAUCCAUCCCGCGUGUUUGUUUAUCUGAAGCAUGUAUGCACCAGAAAUCUACCUCAGGCAUUGCGAGAAAACGUGAGAAGACCUCGAAUUUAUCGGUGCAACGAUCGAACAACCCGGUCAUUAGCAUGGUUGCAACAACAAUUCCAUUGUAGAUUAACUGUCACAAAUUGUGUAAUCAUUUACAAAAGUCUAGUAAAGUUUUCCAAAUAUUGACCAGUGCAUUAGACAGGAGAACUUAAAUGAGUGGUACUGCAAUACUGUGAAGGAUCUUCUUUUACCGAAUAUCUUUAGCCAGAAAGAUGAAAAACCGUAUACCGCAGGGGUAGAUGAUACCGCAAUACCGCACAUUAAAAUCAAAAUUACCAAAUUUUCGGAAAAUAAUACUGAAGCCCUUGUUAUUUCGAAAAGGAUGACCGAACAGAUAAAAAUUUUCUAGCGCCGCUUAGAAUGCUCUUCUAGAGAUCUAAAA